AUGCCGAGAGGAAAGAGGAUGAAGCAGGAAUCUGCCAAGAGUCUCCGGGGUUCCAAGUUGAAACCAGAGGUUGGUCCCUGUCUGGAGGAUGCCAUUCAUUCUCUUCCUGUAAACACUAAAUUUAAAAUUUUGCAGAGGAAAGGAACUCGAGGACCUUACAGGAAAGGUAAGGUCAAGGGAGAAAAGGAAGAUGAAGCCGCUCUUGCAGAGAUAAAGAAAAAAUGCGGAAGUACUAAAACAUGUACGUGUGGCACUAAACGACCUAAGGGUGUUACUGCAAAAAGGGAAGACCUGAUCCAUGAUGUUAAAGGCUUUGUUACCCUUGCCCACUAUAGCAACAGAAUACCAUUUAGACUAAGUAAUAAACUUGAUAAUAAUGAAAGACUAGAUGAGGGUGCACCAGUUCUCUAUGGCGUUACUAGAGUAUCAGUGUAUUACUGGGUUGGAGAUAAAGUCUAUGAUAAACCACUUCUCUUGGAAGUAGAUAUUGAUAGCAGUACUAAGAAGAAAUACUACUAUAAAGAUGAGGGUACAAGAACUGAUCCAACCAUUUGGAAGCUCAAAAAUGCAGAUGAUAUUAAGCUUCAGGUUAUGCUUGAUGAUAGAAACUAUCACAAUAAUAGUGCUGUUCCAUUUGAAAUAACUGAUCCUACUAACCUAUCUCAGUUUUAUCCUUCUAAUAAAGAAUCUAACUCUCUAAAGAAUGAAAGAAAAAUCAUGGAGUCUAAUCCUCCACCUAAUCCCCCUCCUGGUAAUAGUGAACAACCUACUGUACAACUUUCUGAGCAACUUGACAGGGUACUAUGCUAUUACCAUAGUAAUGUUACCCUAAAUGUAUCUUACAAUAAUUCUGAUGAUCUUUCUAAGAAACCUGCCAACAAUAAUAGGGGUUGGUAUAAGAAAGGUAUUUCUGAUGACGCCCUGUGGACAUGGAUACCUGGUAUCCACAGUAGCAUAAAAGAAGCUGACUUACAGAAGGGGUUGGAUUGUAAAAAGUGGCAGAAACUCAGGAGAUAUCUGAAAGAUCUUGGCUGUCACCCUUUGGGAGAAUGUCCUGAGAAUUCUACUAAACUUACUGAUGAACAUUUAAAACAAGAACUCGAAGAGGAAGAAAAGAUAGCAAUAAAGCAACGACAACAAGUGCAAGCUCAGGAACAACUACAGCAACAACCAAGUCAACCUCAACCUCCUCCCCCACCACCGCCUCCUUCCAUUCCUGGUAGUUCUGAAAGUAGUACUGGAGACCCAGUUGAACCAUGUGGAGCUGUUGGUAAAGUUGUUGGUCCUGCAGUAGCUGGAUCUGUUGCAGCUGGACUAUACGGAUCAGCCAUAGCUACUAAAGUUGGACUACAUGCUGCGGAUAAACUUAUUCUACUGGCUAAGGAUAUUCUUGAUCAAGAAAAACCUACUCCCUCUACUGUCACUGACCAGGUUCCUGAUACAGAGUCUGAGACUAAGAUUCUCCUACAAGGUACCCCUAUUGCUCAGAUGGCUGAUGGAGAUGGUAGAGGAGAAACCGACGAUGGAGCUGAAGCUACUGCUGUUAUUAUUCCUGUUGGUGUUAGUAAAGAACAGAUUGAUCCUGGUCCUCUUGCUAGUUGUGCUCAAGAAAGUAAAGAUGUCAAUAAAGGCCCUAUUCUUGAAACUUCUGUUGCUGGAGUUGAAGAUCCUCUCUCUGAAGAAAACCAUGUUCAAAAUGCUGCUUACAACACUCCUCAAGGUGAUGUUAAAGGAUCUACUGCCGAUACUAUCACCAUCGUUGAAGAAUCUCAGGAUAUAACAUUCACCUUUGAUAGUUCUCUGGAAUACCCUGCUGAUUUACAUGGCACAGAUUUUGUCAUAGAUGGUCAUAAUCCCCAUCCUCUAUUCUAUGGCGGAGAAUAUGUGUAUUAUGAAGGUGCUAGAGGACAAAUUCCUGGUACUAAUAGUCAACCUGCUAGUGUAGUUACUACUAAAGCUCCUAAACCUAUUGCUCCUAGACAUCCUUCUGGAGAACCUUCUGCUUCUGAAGAACUUCCUCCUGCUAAAGAACAUAUUGUUGCUACUAUUCCUGCUGUUACUCCUGCUAAAGGACCCACUGAUUCUCCUGAAGAGACUACUGUACUAUCUACUUCUGAUUCUGCUCGAGAAUCUACUCCUACUACUAAAGAAGCUCUUCUUACUCCUGAAGUUGCUCAACGAGAAGAUAAACUUUCUGCUCCUCAAGAAUCUCAAGCUGAUGCUACUCCUACUAUUACUACUGCUUCUCAAACUCCUGAAGGAUCUCUUCCUAAAGAAGGUGAAAUGGGACGUUCUACUGGUAUUGAACUUGCUGCUGGUCUAGGAUCAUGGACUAUCUUUGGAGCAUCUUCUGAUGAUAUUCUUAAAGAUAUAAGACGUGAGCUUAUUGCGGGAAAUUACUCUAGUUUGACUUCAGCAGUUUUGAAAUCUGCCAUGAAUAAGCUCAAUAGUGGUCUUCAUUGUAAUCCACAUGUAGACUUCUGUUACGACAACACAUAUGAUAAUGUCAAUUCCCUAAAGUACAUGUCACAAUUCGUCAGUGGAAUAAGUGUGGAUAUCGAUGAAGAUUCCUUGGAUCUUAGUGAAGACACAUGCAAUAUGAUCUUUAGUCACUUUCCAAAGUGUCUUGGCACAAGCUUUCGCUUUCAAGUUGGAGAACUGGCCUAUAUAAAAUGGCACGGAGAGUUAUGUCUGGUUGUUAUCAACUAUUCAUCUCAGAAGCUUGUAGCAUGUAGUGAUUUGGAAUUUGAAGAUGAGGAAGAAAGUGAUGCAUCUGAUACUUCAUUCGCUGCAAGUUCCGAUGGAAAAGAUGAAUUGCAUGUAGAACCAUCACGGGGGCCAAGAUUUGGUAGAUUGAUGUGGCUCUCCGAUUUCAAUGAAGAAUAUUUUUUGGAUCCAGAUUCCCACAAAAUGUACUCGAGAGCGAACGAAUUUAAACCAAUAAAGACCUCAAUUCCAGGUAUGUUGUAUAAAUUAUGCAUUACGGGAAAUGGGAAUUUAAAGUGGUAUAUUGACAUGAUAAUCCAUAAACAUUCAUCUGGGAUUAAAUAUGGCCAUUGUAUGGUUGUUGGCUCGGAUGUGAGAAUUGGUAGAAACUGUAAAAACCAAAAAUUACACUAUGUGUAUAAAGGCAACUUGACGUCUUUAUCUCUGUGA